CCAUCCACUUUGAUCCUUUUAUUACCUUACAAUAAUUAAAUAGAGAAAAAAAAAAGGAUUCAUGAAUCACAGAAUCGUUCCUUAGAUUCACUCUUCAAAAAAAAUUUCAUCAUCUUCUCCAUCACACAGAUCCAUCAAGCUUUCAUUUUAAUUUUUCCAUUUUUUUUUCAAAUUUUUUGGCGCGAAAAAAGGGCAUGAGAGUCGAAGGAUUCCAGGGAAAGGUUUACGAGGCGGCUGAGCUCUCGCCGCCACGGCCUAAUUCUCCAAUUACCACCGAAGAUGAUAACGAUAACAACGGUGAGGAGUUGUUCGUGCCUCCUUUGAAUUUCGCUAUGGUAGAUAAUGGAGUUUUCAGGUCUGGUUUCCCCGAUUCCGCCAAUUUUAGCUUCUUGCAAUCGCUAGGGCUCCGUUCUAUUAUAUAUCUUUGCCCGGAAUCCUAUCCAGAAGCCAACAAUGAGUUUUUAAAGGCUAAUGGAAUCCGGCUUUUUCAAUUCGGUAUUGAUGGAUGCAAGGAGCCUUUUGUAAACAUUCCAGAGGAAACAAUCCGGGAAGCAUUGAAUGUAGUCCUUGAUGUAAAGAACCAUCCACUGCUAAUCCAUUGCAAACGAGGAAAGCACCGUACUGGUUGUGUUGUGGGAUGCUUAAGAAAAUUGCAGAGAUGGUGUCUGUCUUCAAUUUUCGAUGAGUACCAACGGUUUGCCGCUGCCAAAGCAAGGGUGUCUGACCAGAGGUUCAUGGAAAAGUUUGAUGUUUCUGGCAUGAAGCAUUUACCGAUAACGUUUUCAUGUUCAAAGAGAUAGCAGCAAGCAGAGCAUCAUAUAUAUAUAUAGCUUGAAGUUUUUUACUGCCAUAAUCGAAACAAAGCCAACGUAGAGCACAAGAGUUUGAGGUUUGAAACAACUUUGUUAAUAAUAUAUAUACACGUAUGUUUUCUUUUUUUACUUACUUUUGAAGUAUGGCAUGGCAUGGCGUGGAUGGUUGGUUUUCUGCUCAUUGCAAUGGAAAAUCAUAUAUAAAUAUUUCCACCUGCAUAA